AUGCAACCGUGGCUGAAGGUGUCGCUCUUGCUGUGUGUGUUCGGGUUCUUCCGGGAACUGCGACCGUCGGAGCCGUUCGUCACCGAGUUCCUGUCCGGCGAGUGGCGCGAUAUCGAGCCUGAACAGCUGAACCGCGAUGUAUACCCGAUCGGCACGUACAGCCAUUUGGGGCUGCUGGUGUUUAUGUUUUUGCUCACGGACAUCCUACGAUACAAAUCGAUUAUUAUGUUUUCCGCCUGCGUCGGUAUCGUCAUCUGGUCGCUGCUGCUCUGGACCGAGUCGCUGGCUGCACUGCAGGUGGUGCAAGUGCUGUACGGUGCCUACAUGGCCUCGGAGGUGGCCUACUACACGUACAUCUACGCCAAGAUCGACCGAGAGAAGUAUCAACAAGUGACGGGCAACACGCGUGCAGCCGUUCUGCUCGGCCGCUUCCUGUCCGGCGUCGUCUCCCAGGUGCUCAUCUCGACCGGUGCCAUGGAUGUACGCGAUCUGAAUUACAUUACCUUCGGAGCGCAAACAUUUUCCUUGCUCUGGUCAUUCGUGCUGCCGUCGGUAAGGACGAGUGUUUACUUCUACUCCCCCGCUUUACGGUACACCUUUACGGCCACGGCCGGAGCUAUUAUUUACGUGGGUUUCUCGUUCCACUAUCCCCGCACCACAGCAUCCGACGGCACCGGAACCCAGCAGCGACCGGUGGCGACCAUUGCCACCAUCGAACAUCCUCCGGAAGCAACCCUGGGACCGAAAUCGAAACCGGCCACCGCACCGCGGGCUACCUUCUCGGCUUCGCGAGCGGUGCGUCUCUUGGGGCGCCAUUUUAUCGCUGCCUACCGGCAAGUCCCGGUCGUCCAGUGGAGCCUCUGGUGGGCGCUGGCGAUGGCCGGCUUCAUACAGGUCCAGGUGUACGUGCAGCUGCUGUGGCACGAGAUCGACGAGGACCAGGGCACGCUGUUCAACGGCGGGGCCGAGGCCGUGCUAACGCUGCUCGGGGCCCUGAGCGCCAUCAUCGCCGGAUACGUGGCGAACCGCAUCUUCGAGCGGUGGGCCCUCUGGAUGCUGACCGUCUGCUCCGGGCUGCAGGGCGGCCUCGUCCUCUACUCCGGCUUCGCCACCAACAUAUGGGUGGCGUACACCCUCUACAUCCUUUUCGGGGCCCUCUACCUGUUUAUGAUUACGAUGGCCAGUGCCAUCGUCGCCAAGUACCUGGAGGAGGACAGCUUCGGACUGAUAUUCGGCAUCAACACGUUCGUGGCAAUCGGUGUCCAGGCGCUCCUCACCCUGGCCACCAUCUCCGAGCGUGGCCUAAUGCUCGAUCCCCGGGAGCAGUUCAAAGUCUACGGGGGCUACUUUCUGGUGCUAUCAAUAAUCUACCUAAUUGCUGCCGUCGUCAGUUUCACCUCCGGGUUGUGGCCGUGUUGGCGGUCGCAGGAGAUCAAGGAUGGGCCACCGGAAAGCCAGCCUCCGGUCCCAGUGCCGCCCUGUAGGACUCCGAGUCUGGGGCAGUAA